AUGGCACUACUAAUUAUAGUAAUUACCUGCUUCAUGGUUAUUCUUGGUACCUUCCAGUCUUGCCACACCCCAGAUGACUUUGUGGCUAUCACUUCUCCUGGACAUAUCAUGAUUGGAGGUUUGUUUGCCAUCCAUGAAAAAAUGUUGUCCACAAAUGACCAUCCCAGGCGACCACAAAUCCAAAAAUGUGUUGGCUUUGAAAUAUCAGUGUUUCUUCAAACUCUGGCUAUGAUACACAGCAUUGAGAUGAUCAAUAACUCAACACUGUUAUCUGGAGUCAAACUGGGGUAUGAAAUCUAUGACACUUGUGCUGAAGUUACUGCAGCCGUGGCAGCCACUCUGAGGUUCCUCUCUAAAUUCAACUAUUCUAGAGAAACAGUGGCCUUUCAAUGUGACUACUCCAGCUACAUACCAAGGGUAAAGGCUGUCAUAGGUGCUGGCUACUCUGAAAUAUCCAUGGCUGUCUCAAGGAUGUUGAACUUACAGCUCAUGCCACAGGUGAGUUACGACUCCACCGCAGAAAUCCUGAGUGACAAAAUCCGCUUUCCUUCAUUUUUACGGACUGUGCCCAGUGACUUCUACCAAACUAAAGCAAUGGCCCACCUGAUUCAAAAAUCUGGAUGGAACUGGAUCGGUGCCUUAACAACAGAUGAUGACUAUGGAAGACUGGCUCUCAACACAUUAGCAAUUCAGGCUGCUGCAAAUAAUGUGUGCAUCGCCUUCAAAGAAGUUUUGCCAGCCUUCCUCUCAGAUAAUACCAUUGAAGUCAAAAUCAAUCACACACUGGAGAAGAUCAUUGCAGAAGCCCAGGUUAAUGUCAUCGUGGUAUUUCUGAGGAAAUUCCAUGUUUUCAAUCUCUUCAGAAAAGCCAUUGAAAGGAAAAUAAGUAAGAUCUGGAUAGCUAGCGAUAACUGGUCAACUGCUACCAAGAUUAUCACCAUUCCUAAUGUCAAGAAGCUUGGCAAAGUGGUGGGGUUUACCUUUAAGAGAGGAAACAUAUCUUCUUUCCAUUCUUUUCUUCAAACUCUUCGUUUGUAUCCCAACAACAAUAACAAACCCCUACGUGAAUUUGCCAAGGUUUUUUCUGCCUGUAAACACAUCAAGGAUGGUGAUUUGAGUCAAUGCAUUUCUAACUCUUCUCAGGCAACUCUGACCUAUGACACUGCCAAGACCACUGAAAACCAUUUCAUGAGAAAUAACUUCCUCUGGCAUUAUACUGAGCCGGGACUCAUUCAUAGCAUUCAGCUUGCAGUGCUUGCAAUUGGCCAUGCCAUUCGGGAUCUGUGCCAGGCUCGAGACUGCCAGAAACCCAAAAGCUUUCAACCAUGGGAGCUACUUGACGUGCUGAAAAAUGUGACAUUCACUGACGGGAAGAAUUCCUUUCACUUUGAUGCCCAUGGGGACUUAAAUACUGGUUACGAUGUGGUGCUGUGGAAGGAGAUCAAUGGCCUCAUGACAGUCACAAAAAUGGCAGAAUAUGACCUGCAGCACAACGUUUUCAUCGUCAAAAGCCAAGAAGCAAAACGUGAAUUCAGGAUACUUGAGCAAAUUCUAUCUAAAUGCUCCAAGGAAUGCAGUCCUGGUCAAAUGAAGAAAGUCACAAGAAGUCAACACACUUGCUGCUAUGAAUGUGUGAGCUGCCCAGAAAACCACUACAGUAACCAAACAGAUAUGGAUCAUUGCAUUUUAUGCAACAACGAAACACAGUGGGCCCCAGAAAGGAGCACAUCGUGCUUUGAGAGGGAAGUGGAGUAUCUGGAUUGGAAUGACUCCUUGGCUGUCCUCCUCAUCGCCUUCUCCCUACUAGGAAUAGCCUUUGUUCUGGCCAUUGGCAUAAUAUUUACAAGAAACCUAAACACACCCGUGGUGAAGUCAUCUGGGGGAUUGGUGGUCUGCUACUUGAUGCUCAUCUGCCAUGCCCUUAACUUUGCCGGCACAGGCUUUUUCAUCGGCAAACCACAAGACUUCUCCUGUAAGAUCAGGCAGACCCUGUUUGGUGUGAGCUUUACUCUCUGUGUUUCCUGUAUUUUGAUCAAGUCCCUGAAAAUUUUGCUAGCUUUCAGCUUUGACCCCAAGCUGAAGACUUUCCUGAAGUGUCUCUAUAAGCCAGUCCCUAUUGUCCUCUCUUGCACCGGCAUCCAAGUGAUCAUUUGCACACUCUGGCUGGUCCUGGCAGCACCUGCUGUGGAGGAGAACACCGCCAUGCCUAGAGUCAUUAUCCUGGAAUGCGAAGAAGGAUCUGUGCUUGCAUUUGGUAUCAUGCUGGGCUACAUUGCACUCCUGGCCUUCAUUUGCUUCGCAUUUGCUUUCAAGGGGAGGAAACUUCCUGAGAAUUACAAUGAAGCCAAGUUCCUGACUUUUGGCAUGCUUAUUUACUUCAUAGCUUGGAUCACAUUCAUCCCAGUCUAUGCUACCACAUUCGGUAAGUAUUUGCCUGCUGUGGAGAUUAUAGUCAUUCUGAUAUCCAACUAUGGGAUUCUUUGCUGUACAUUCUUCCCCAAGUGCUAUGUUAUUCUUUGCAAACAAAAGACUAACACCAAGUCAGCCUUUCUCCAGAUGGUUUUCAAUUACUCUUCUCACAGUGUGGAUAACCUUGCCUUGAGUCAUAUUUCCAUGGACUGCACUAACUAUGAUACAGCAACAACCGAUCCAACCCUCGGUAACAAUGCUGGAGCCUGUCAGAACCACAACCAUCUUGUGGCACUCGCAGGCAGACAAAAGCCUACGAAAGUGUCUAAAACUUUGCAUCAGAAAAGAAGUUCAAGCAUAUGA